AGCGUUAAAAGAAGUUGAAGAUACCCUUAACCAACUUAACGAUAAACUUGAUGAAUCCUUCCAAAAAGUUUGCGAUAAGAUUGAUGAUAAACUCGAUGAAGGUCUGAAACAAGUUGAUGAUAAACUUGAUGCAAUUUAUAAAACAUCAAUAGAAGUUGCAUGUAAACCUAUUGAUGAUGAUCACCACGGAAACGAAUUAGCGAUUCUUGGCAGAUUAAGUCUAUCACCUCAGAUUCUUAAGUUUUAUGGGCACUCAGUAGUUAAUAACGCUCAAGUUAUGAUCUUUGAAUGGGCUGAUCGAGGAAAUUUAAUGGAACUUUAUGAAAAGUAUGACAUUCCUUGGACUAGAAAAAUACAGAUUGCCAAAGAUAUACUUCUUGGUCUUCUAUUUUUACGUACGGUGCUAAGAGAUUUGAGUGUAAAACUUGGAAACUUCGGAUGCGCGCGUGAAGUAGAUGGCAAUUCUAGAAAUCUUUCAUAUUUAGCAACUUACAUUAUUCGUUGGAUGGCUCCUGAGCUAAUCGAUAAAUAUAUUAAUGGUCAAGUUAACAAAAAAGUAUAUACAUUUAAUUGUGAAAUGUUCAGUUUUGGAAUGCUUUUAUGGGAACUUUGCUAUGAAAAGCUUCCUUAUACUGGUUGGGGUAUUAAACAAAUAUCUAAUCAUGUCUUGAAUGGUAAACGAGAAAAGCUUUUAAAAGGAAGAUUUAAAAACCCUGACGACAAUAUAAUUCAAUCAAAAUUUAUUAAGAUCAUUCAAGAUG